UUUUACUUUUGUCUGUUUGAGGACAAAAAUAUUUUAUUGACGAUUUUAUAAGCUCUUGGCAGUGGUAUUUAUUAAUAGAUAUAAGAAGUUGUAUAACUACCUUACUUAAUAAUAACUUGACAAUAGUUACUUGUUUCACUUGGGUAAUUUAGUGUAAUUUAAAUAUUAUAAUCGAAAGUCCUAAAUAUUGAAUCCACCAUGAAUCCAAUGGCAAUAGAUAAAGACGAACCUUCAUCUUUGUUAUCAUUUUCCACUAAUCACCCUCUGGAGCAAUUUGUGCUAUUAGCGAAAGGUGCUAAAGGGUUUGCCUGCGCAGAGCUCAUAAAACAAGUAUUGGAAGCACCAGGUGUUCAUGUAUUUGGAGAACUUCUUGAAAUGCCGAACAUAAAAGAGUUAGAAAAUGGUUCAUAUGCAGCUCAUUUUAAGACAUUAAAUCUAUUUGCAUAUGGCACAUAUAAAGAUUACUUGGAAAACAAAUCGGAAUACUUGGAACUUACUCCAGUGCAGUGCAAGAAGCUGCAACACUUGACCAUAGCAACUCUGGCCACACAAGAGAAAUGCAUUCCGUACAGUGUGUUGCUCAAAGAACUUGAUAUUAAGAAUGUUAGGGAUUUAGAAGAUUUAAUUAUUGAAGCUAUUUAUGCAGAUAUAAUUCAUGGUAAGCUCGAUCAAGAAUGCAAACGAGUCGAAGUAGAUGUGGCACUAGGGCGCGACGCACGGCUGGAAGAUGCUGCUGCAAUUGCUGAUGUGCUGGCAGACUGGUGCAAUGCUUGCGAGGCUGUACUUAAUUCUGUAGACCGUCACAUACAGCGUGCCAAUAUUCACAAACAGAGGGCUAUAAGACAUCAACAGGCGAUUGAACAAGAGAUUGUAUAUAUCAAGAAAACUCUUAAAACCCAAGCUGAGAGUGAAGAUUCUGCUACUGGCGGAGGCACAGAAACACAUUCCGUCCCAAAAAAAAAUUCCGGAAAAGGAAAAACACCUCGUAACACUGCGAAAUUCUGGCAGAAGAACACAUAAUUAUAUAUAUGUAAUAUGAUUUUUAAACUGUGGUAAAAUAUAUAUAUUUUAAGUAAGUGC